AAUCCAUCAAUCAAAUUCAAAACAUCGACCGACGACGAUAACAAAAUCGAUCGAUCAUAUAUCUGCUAAUCUCAUCCCUCUCCAUCCUAUCAGCAAUUCAAGAAAGCGAUCAGCCGUCUCUCUCGUUUCGUGCUGCGCAUGGAGGCUUCUUGUCCUUCCAUCGCGAGCCUGCCUCCUUUUGUCCCGGACCUUGGAAACCCUAGCCUUUCACCCCGCAAAGCCCCUGAAUUGAGCUCGUCGUCUUUCGGGCGCGGGAAUCGAGGGUAAAGUCGAGGUCUUCGUGGGGGACGAUGUUUCCGUGGAACAUAGCGAAGUCGGCGGAGGCCAUCUUCUCGCGGUGGGCCGUGAAGAGGGUCUGCCAGUUCCUCUUGAAGAAGAAGUUGGGGCGGUUCAUUUUGGGAGAUAUUGAUUUGGACCAGCUCGAUGUCCAGCUGAGAGAGGGAACGAUUCAGCUCAACGAUCUUGCUCUUAAUGUUGACUAUCUUAACAAGAAGUUUGGUGCAGUGUCUUCAUUAAUGAUAAAAGAAGGAUCUAUUGGCUCUCUAUUAGCUAGAAUGCCUUGGAAGGGUAAAGGCUGCCAGGUGGAGGUUGACGAAUUGGAAUUGGUGCUUUCACCUUAUGUGGAUAACCUUAUGUCAGAUGCAGUUGGUUCUCAAGGUUCCAGCCUAGAUGAUAACAAGAGUGUCUAUCCCAGCCAGAGCAAGCCGGAGAAAGAGAUGACGGGGAAUGCAGUUGUAUCUUCUUCAGGAGAUGUUCACGAAGGAGUUAAGACAAUUGCAAAGAUGGUGAAAUGGUUGCUUACCAGUUUUAACGUAACCAUAAAGAAAGUCGUCAUUGCAUUCGAUCCAUAUUCGAGUCAAAAUGAAGGAGAAUAUACACAUCACAGAUCUAUGGUUUUUCGAGUUGCAGAAUUGGCGUGUGGAACGUGUGUUUCAGAGGAUUCUCAUUUGAUGGGUAACGUAGGCACUGAGAACUUUCUAGGAAUCAGUCGCCUGACAAACUAUGUAACAUUUCAUGGAGCAAUUCUUGAGCUGCUUCACAUGGAUGAUGUUAAUAGGCAAGCAUGCCCUCCAAGUGUAUCAGGGACAGAUUCUGGUGGAUUACUUUCUGGAUUACCACCAGUAACUUCUACGGUGCCAAUAAUGAUUGGUAGGGAAGGAGGAUUUUCAGGGACUUUAAAGUUAAGUAUUCCUUGGAAGAAUGGUUCCUUAGACAUUAGAAAAGUGGAUGCAGAUGUUUCCAUAGAUCCUAUAGAGUUACGGUUUCAACCAAGUACAAUCAAAUGGAUUUUGUUUUCAUGGAGAACAAUUGUUAAUUUGUGCAAGGAGCGUGAGUGUGGCAUGCAGCAUAAGUCAGCAAGCAAUGUUCAUUUCAGUUCUGCGUCUGGUAGCCCUUCAUCAGCAACUGGAUCGUCUGAAGUGGCCACUAACAUAGCAUCACCACUCUAUGGUGGCUUAUCUGUUGAGCUUUCUUCCUCUCUGAGGCAGGGAACAGAGUCUGAUCUUCACUUGCCAAAUGUGAUCUCAGAUUGGGUUCCUUUUGUUGCGGAUAAGGAGGAAGAUGAUUUUGGGGCAAGUGUGGAUCAAUUUUUUGAGUGCUUUGAUGAAUUGAGAAGUUUUCAGUCGGCCCUAGGUGGCAGUGGGAUGUGGAACUGGACAUGUUCUGUUUUCAGCGCAAUAACUGCGGCCUCCAAUUUGGCUUCGGGGUCGUUGCUUACACCUUCUGAACAGCAGCAUAUAGAAACUAAUCUCAGAGUGUCCAUUGCUGGAAUGUCUCUUAUGUUCUCUCUCCACGAUGAAGAUGAUGGGAAUUUUCCAGAGUUGAAUGAUGAUGAAGAAAAUAUUGGCUUUGAUUAUCAUUGUCUAGGUGCAGAAUGCAGGGAUAUAUCUUUAAUGUUGCAGAUAUGUCCUCGAGACGUGAAGUUUGAAGGAACAGUCAAACAUAUUGAGGUGAAUGAAUAUAUAAGUCAUCGAGAAAAUGGCAUGUUCUUUGGCGACGAGAGUAUUAAGCAUGGGAUAUGUGGCCAAAACCCUUGUGUUCGGCAGCUGCAAGCAGAAGUUCUAGGCACUCUUCCUCCGCGUGCCUCUUAUAUGGAUGUUCCUGAAAAUGAUCUAGUUGGGGAAUCUGCUCCAAAAGUUCCAUUUGCAAAGAGAAAUGAUCUGAUCAGAAUAAUGCUGCUGAGAACUUCAGGACUUGGUCGUUUCCAACUAGCCAGUAGUUCUUGCCUGUCUGAUGGCAGCUCGAAAGGGCCAAUGUCAUUCUCAUUAUCACUACCGCCGUUUGUUAUUUGGGUUAACUUCCGGCUUAUCCUCAAGCUGCUGGCUUUCGUGAAGGAAAUGGAGAAGUUUCUUGAAGUAAAUGACUUCUCGAGUAACUUUCAAUCUGAGGUUAAGCAAGAAUCUCCUGAGGAUUUGAACAGAGGGCCUAGAACUUGUAUUACAACCACAUCUUCACGAGAGAGAUUACAGGGUGUCCUAACCGUCUCUGAUGCGAGAGUUGUUCUCUGCUUUCCUUUUGAUGGCAGAGAUGAUAUAGUGAGCUAUUUUGAUUGGGAUCAGUUUAUUGCUCUGGACUUUUAUUCCCCUUUUUCUACAAGAGAAGGGAAGGUUGAUAGUUUCACACCCUUUUGCAAUUCAAAUCCCAAGAAGAGGUUUUCUUCAAUGGUGACAACUUCUGUGCAUUUGAAUGCCUGUAACUUUGACAUGUAUCUAGUCAGUGCUGCAUGUGAGGAGGUCGAUGAUGGGGGUAAGUCCUGCCGCUCUGCUAAAGGGUGUAAAUUUUCUUCUCUGAAGAUUCUGUCUGUUGCCAACUGCACACCUUCUUCCAUAUUCAGUAUGAUUUGGCAGGAGGGUCCUGUUACUGGUGCUUGGGUUGCCGAAAGAGCAAAGUCUUUCGCUGUUUCAGAGGAGAGGAGCAGAAAUAAGUUCAUGGGAAAAGGAUAUGAGUUUGCCUCUGUAACAACUUUGGGAGAUUCUGGUGAUACUGCUACUGAAAUACGUCAAGAUAUAAUUAUGACCUCAAGUUUCCUUAUGCAUUUGCAUUUAUCCUCUGCUGUAGUUACUCUUCGGAGCUAUGAAUAUGAAGCUUUCAACUGUCUUUUAAGUCAAGUGAUAAAAGGAUUUACUAGAGUUGCUUUUGAAGAUGUUGAUUCUUUGAAAAAAACUUCUGUUGGCCAGACAUCAAUAUAUAUGGAGUGUGAUUCUGUAGAGAUUGUUAUUCACCCUGAUAAGAUUGACAACAUCAAAAGCUCGAUACAGAAUGAACUUCCCGGGUCAUGGUUUCGGCUCAAAUUGAGAAUUGAGAAGUUUGAAUUACUGAAUGUCUCGGAUAUUGGCGGUAUUAAUGGUGCCAACUUCUUUUGGCUCGCACAUGGGGAAGGCAAAUUGUGGGGUUCAAUCACUGGUGCGCCAGAUGAAGAGUUUCUUUUGAUCUCAUGUUGCAAUUCAACAAUGAAACGGGGUGAUGGGGGAGGAUCCAAUGCUUUAUCUACUGGAUUAGCUGGUUCUGACUUUGUCUAUAUGUGGGAUCCAGUGAAUUUCCGUGGACUUUUGUCCAUCACUGUCAGAUGUGGCACUUUUGUUGCUAUAGGUGGCCGAUUGGAUUGGUUCGAUGCGGUACUGUCUUUCUUUACUUUGCCAGCUUCUGAAACUGAAGGUUCUGGUGAAUGUUCUUCAUCGAAAGGAGAUUGCCAACAGCUUCCUGGAUCUUCUUUUUCCUUAAACUUGGUCGACACAGGUUUGAGCUAUGAACCUUAUCUAAAGAACCUGAUGGUCACCUCACAAGUUGGGGACCUUGGAUUCAGUCAUUCAAGUGUCAAGUCAGCCUUGGACAACUGUUAUGUUGCAUGUAUUAUAGCUGCAUCUUGCUUCAGUAUUUCCAAUGCAACUUCCGGAGAUUUGCUUGACACUGAUUACAAUAUAAGAGCGCAAGAUCUUGGGUUUCUCAUUUGCUCAGCAUCAGAACUUGAGCUUCACGGUGAUACUUAUAGUGUGCAACAUCUUCACAAGAUUGGCUACGUUAAAGUUGCUCGGGAGGCACUUGUCCUGGCAAAUUUGAGUACUAACUGCAGGAAUGGCACUUUGUGGGAGCUAGAAUGUUCUAAUUCUCACAUUGAUGUGGAAACUCGUCAUGAUUCAACUUUGGCUCUGAUACAAUUGGUCACACAACUUCAACAGCUUUUCGCUCCUGAUUUGGAAGAAUCUCUUGUUCACUUGCAGAGUAGGUGGGAUAACGUUCAAAAGGAACAAGAGAGGAAUCAUUUGAAAGCUGAAGUAAGAACUUCUGUUGGUGAUCUUGCGCCAUCAACUCCUCAGGUGCACUCUUCAAGUGCAAAUGCAAAGAGUCAAGCCUUGGUGAUUGGAUUGAUGGAUGAGAUACGUGAGGAUGCUUUUCUUUCAGAUGAGAGUAGAACUUGUCAAUAUGAUUCUGAAUCAAAUGCGAAAAGCUUUCUUGGAGAGAAAUGUGAUUUUGAUACUGCAGCUCCUGAAACACUAUCUCAAGAUCUAUUAGUAAGGGGGUCAGUGCCUUUGCUAGGAUUGGAAAGCAGUCAGGCCUCAUUUAUCCAGAAAGGUUGCUUUCCGGACGUUAUAGAAGGCUAUUGUAUACCAGACCCACUCUGUCUAUCAGAGUUAUCUGCAGGAAGAGAUCUUUCGGGGUCAAUAGUCAAACACACAAGUGGAAUUGCAGAAAAUGUUAAUGCUGGAAGAGGCGACAGCGGAUGGUAUAGAGAAAAUUCUCUAAGAAUCCGUGAAAACCAUAUUGCAGACAUCUGUGAGAUGUCCAGCAUGAAACAGUCAGCAGAAAGCAAACCUUGUAGUCCUAGUUCUGAAGAUACUAAUGAUUCUGGAAAGCUUGUGGGCCGAGUGAUUGUCAAGAACAUAAAUGUCAGAUGGAGAAUGUCUGGCGGCGCUGACUGGGAUAUCUCUACAGUGACCGAUGAACAUUCUGGAAAAAAUCGCCGGAGGGAUACAGCAAUUUGCCUAGAACUAGCUCUGUGUGGGAUUGAUUGUCAGUAUGACAUCUAUCCAGUUGGUGGAUUUUGUGUAUCUAAGCUUUCUUUCUCUGUACAGGAUGUCCAUCUCUACGAUAGAAGCGAAGACGCAACACUUAGACUGGUGCUUGGAUAUUAUAGCUCAAAAGAUCAUCCCAGAGAAUCAUCUUCAAAGGCAUUGAAGCUCAAUUUGGAAGCUGUGAGGCCUGACCCUUUGAUUCCUCUCGAGGAAUAUCGGUUGUGCAUUGCUCUACUUCCUUUGCGAUUGCACCUCCAUCAGCGCCAGCUUGAUUUUCUCAUUUCUUUUUUUGGAAAUGAAGACCCACCGCAGGACUGGUCUUCAGGUGUUCAAAAUAAUCUAGGUGGAUCAGAAGUGUUGCUGCAAAAUGCCCAAAGUGGUUCUAUGCGGAAAGCAAUUGUUGAUGAGGCAUUGCUUCCAUAUUUUCAGAAAUUUGACAUAAAGCCUUUCAGUGUUCGGGUUGAUUACAUACCACAGCAUCUGGAUUUAGCAGCACUAGGAGGUGGGAAGUAUGUGGAGCUUGUAAACCUGGUUCCCUGGAAGGGAAUUGAGCUACAUCUCAAGCCCGUACAAGCUGUUGGUGUGUAUGGCUGGAAUAAUGUUUGUGAAACAAUCAUAGGGGAAUGGUUGGAAGAUAUAUCUCAAAAUCAGAUUCAUAAGGUACUACGCGGCCUACCUACCAUCCGGUCCUUGAUUUCUGUCGGAAGUGCUGCUGCAAAGUUAGUUUCUUGCCCAGUUGAGAAUUACAAGAAGGAUCAUAGAGUACUCAAGGGAUUGCAAAGAGGCACAGUGGCAUUCCUGAGAAGCAUAUCUCUUGAAGCUGUGGGGCUAGGGGUGCAUUUGGCAGCAGGUGCUCACGAUAUCUUGCAGCAAGCAGAGUAUAUUCUUGCGAGUAUUCCGCCUUCUUCUCCGUGGCCUCUGCAAAGUAGAGCAAGUGCAAAUGUCAGAUCUAAUCAGCCUAAGGAUGCUCAGCAUGGAAUAAAGCAGGCUUACGAAUGUAUUAGUGACGGCUUGGGCAAGUCUGCAUCUGCACUGGUUCAAACCCCCUUGAAGAAAUAUCAGCGAGGAGCUGGUGCUGGAGCAGCUAUAUCAACUGCUUUCCAGGCAGUUCCUGCAGCCACCUUAGCUCCAGUGUCUGCUUGUGCGAGUGCUGUGCAUUAUGCUCUUCUUGGCAUCAGAAAUAGCCUUGAUCCAGAGCAUAAAAGGGAGUCUAUGGAGAAAUAUAUGGGUCCUAAUCAGCCGCAAGAGUAGAUUCAUAGUCAGAUUGAAGAACGAAGAAAUAUUGACGAGUAUUAAGUUUCCUCACAGGGAGGAAGGGGAUUAUGGAAGAGCUGUCCACUUGUCUAGACCCCAUCCCAAACUGUAACAUAGAAUGGAUUGAUGUGAACAUUCCUUUUGCUUCCACAAUACAAUAGGGAGGAUUAUUCCUUUUUUCUCCGAUUGUGUACAUUUUUACGGCCUAGGAAGUGUAAAUAAUUUUUGUAUCCUAGUUUCACCCACAUAGGAGGGCCUUGUAAUUGCAAUGCCUCGAUUUGGAUAGUUGUACAGAAACAGUUGCCCAUUCUUUCAAAGCCUUAACAUGAUGUAUGACGGACGGUUUGUUAUAAUAUCCAGAUGGUAAUUUUUUUU